AUGGAUCGUCAUUUAAAUCUCCUGAGCGUGAAAUCUAAAGGCUCCCCAAGAUUUAUUUUUAAAAGAAAAGAUUUAAAACUUCCUAUUAAGGGUAGGACAGAUUCCGAACAUGAUUUACAAAGUCCCAAGUCCCCUACACAAGUUCGAACGCCUCGAAAAAAGAUUUCUCUUGCAAUCCCGACUUCUUUAGACCUUCAAGAUAUCCCUGCAGCUUCUGCUGAAGAGCAACUUGAAAUUUGCCCUUUUAAGCUAAAACUUUCUCCUCGGCAGCAAGCUCACAGUCCUACUUGCCUUUCAGAGAAAGAUCUAUUCGAAAGAUGAAACAAAGUGAAUCAAAAACUAGAGCAAAUUAUAAGCCUAAAACCAUCUCCAAGCAUGAAAAGCUCAAACAUUAAGGAGCAAAGCAUAAAGGCUUAUCAGUCUUGAUAUAACAUAAGAGGAAACCCAACCUUAAACUCAAGUGAAUCAGAGCCAGACAGUGAGGUCCCGCCUGCUCAGUCUCCUCCAGUCAGCACCAUAUGGAACGACAAGACAGCUUUGCAUGUAAAAAAAUGCUUCGCAGACAUUGCAGGAAAAAUCGACGAGAUGAACAUGAAUACAGAACUUUUGAAAGUAAAAACUCAAAACCUUGUGAGAAAAUAUGGUGGUGACGAAUUUUGGAAAGAAUUUAUUGAAUCUUUGUACCAAAAAAUAAUGUCUCCUGACUAUGGACUUGACAAGUAUUUUAGCUCGUCAAAUUUGGAGAUGAUCACGUGGGGGAUGUUUCAGGUUUUUAACGGCUGUGCGACAAUGCAGUUCCGAAGAAGAAUCAAGGCAGCACAUAUUAAUAUGGGAAUUACAGAAAAAGAGUUUAACACUUAUUGUGAUCUUUUUGAAAGUACACUAGUUGAAUUUGGAGUCGAAGAGAGGGAUAAAGUUGCAAUAAUGUCCCAAAUCAGGUCGAUGAAGUGUCUUAUAUGCAGAUAA